UAUCACCCAUCAAGUAAAAGCGCAGGCACUUCGUAAACAUUCAGACUACAUUAUACUUUCUAAAGUAUUAUCCAUUGUUCUGGAUGUAAUAGAACCAUAGGAUAGAAGUCCAUAAAAUAAGUGAAGUUUGAUGAAAAUGGCCUGUGAAUUUAAUCUAAACUUCCUUAAGGAAUUGGAACGAGAGGCUGUUCUGGAAGUCCUAUACCGUGACCAGACUCUGAGAAAAACAGAGGAGGAAAGAAUAAGGAAACUGAAACAGCAGCUGCAGCAGCUUCGGUGGAAAGGGGCAAGAAAUCUAAGCCAUGAAUACCAGGAGAGAUCUUGUGCUCGCUGUCAGAAAUCGCUUGGGGUAUUGAUGAACAGAGGUGCAGUGUGCAAUGGGUGCAGCCACCGAGUGUGCUCAGAGUGCCGAGUCUGCCUGAAUCCCUGCCUUUGGAAAUGCACUGUCUGUUAUGCUCAUGGAGAUGUGAAAGUAAAGGCUGGUGAAUGGUUCUUUGAAGAACGAGCAAAGAAGUAUCCAGGUGAAGGCAGACAUGAAACAGUUGGUGCAAAGCUCUUGAAAUCUUAUCAGAAACUGAGUAACAUUUCUGUUGUCCCUCCAACUCCACCUCCUUUCACGGCAAGCAACAUGACAGUAACUGAACUCAGCCAAUCAAAAAGUUUUAAUAAAUCUGUGGAAAACUUGUUUUUGUCUCUCACAACACAUAUAAAAAAAAUCUCUAAAUCCCAGAAUGAUAUGGCUGACAGAAGUCUCCUAACCACUAUGGGCUAUGGGAAGAACAUGGAAAGAAGGAGGCAAAGAAGGAGCCAGUCUGACACUGCCAUCAACAUUACAAGCAGGAUGAAAAGUACACCCAGUCUUCAGGAGCUCAUCACUGGGGCACAAAGUAGCAGUGAAAUUCUGACCAAAAUGAACUGCAAGGAAGAAGACAUGACAGCCAGUCCCCCAAGUGAUGCAGUUUUCUGUGACGGCAGAAAACAUGGGAGUUUGUAUAGUCUUAACAGCACUUGCACAGAAUCUGGCAAUUUUGGCAAGGCCAACGUCACAGGGGAGAUAGAGUUUGCCAUAAGAUACAUCUUCAAAGCUUGCAUCUUAGAAAUUUGCAUCAAGGGAUGCAAGAAUCUGGCCUAUGGAGAGGAGAAGAAGAAGAAGUGUAAUCCGUAUGUAAAGGUUUAUUUGCUUCCUGAUAAAUCUCGGAGCAAGCGGAAGACAAUUGUCAAAAAGAACACAGUGGAUCCAGAAUUCAAUGAGACUUUGAAGUACAAGAUUGAAUACCCACAGCUGGGAAGCCGGCAGCUUCAGAUCUCUGUGUGGCAUGCAGGAGCCCUCAAAUCCAGGGUGUUUUUGGGGGAAGUGGUGAUUCCACUAGCAGCAUGGAAUUUUGAAGAUAACUCAAUGCUGUUUUUCAACUGGUACCAGCUCAAAGCCAAGCUUGAAAAGCCUGAAGAUUAUCUUACCCAGUACAGCGGCGAACUCCUUGUGUCUGCAAGACUCUCAGUACCAGCCCGGUACAAACAUUUCCAGUUUGCAGACCAAGGAGCUCCCAGUUGCCAGCUUCAGGUUAUGAUAUCUGGGGCCAAGAACUUGCCCAUGCUGAGGUCUGCUGGAAUGCUGAACUCAUUUGUUAAAGGCUGUCUUAUCCUGCCAGACCAAACAGAGGUUAAGCAAAAGUCUCCUGUUCUGAAGAAAGAAGCCUGUCCCCAGUGGAAACAUUUGUUUGUCUUUGAUGGUGUUACCUCAGCUCAGCUACAGCAAUCCUGCCUACACUUGACUGUCUGGGACCAGACAGCUUUCAGCCCAAGCGAUCAGUUCCUAGGAGGAGCCAAACUUGGUGCAAAGGAAUCCUGUGGCAGUGUGGACCUUGUUUCUCAGUCAGUGCUCCAAUGGCAGGAAGUGCUCCACAGGCCAAACACAUGGGUGGACUUCACACUUGUGCUGCAUUCAAAUAAGGAAAACUUUAAGUCAUGAGAGAUUAUACCACAGCAACUUCUCCUUCCCCAUGUGUGAUUGAUGUUUUAAAUUCAAGUAGCAAAUACCUUUCAGGUCUGGGGAAAGGUACACUGUAACUGUACCUAGUUCCUGAAAGCUGGAGUUAUGCAGCUGAAAGUGUGUAAUGUUCUGAAGGUUUUAUUUCUCCAAAAGCUAAGGAUUUGUUAUCCAUGUCUUCAGCUGGACUAUAAGGUUAGUGUUUUUUCAGGAGUGACAAACUCAGUUUGAAAUACAUUAUGCUGACAAGGCAACAGUAGCCAGAUGAUACACAGUUUUCAAUUUCUGGGCACAGCAGAACUGUAUUUUAUCACAGAUAGGAAUACUUAGAGAAAA